ACAGCUUCACUAAAAUUAGAAGCCGGGAGCCUCGCGUGCCAUCACGUGUCGUUUACGUCACCUCGGCUAAAUUUAACGGGAACCGAAUGUGAUUACGUAGGAGCCGCGUGCCCGACCAAACAAACGACUUUUCAUCCUGCGAAGAAACCUUACGAGUUCCUGCUCUCUCUCCCCCUGCGACAACGGCACAUUCGCAGGAACCAUGGACCGGUUUCUAACGUUCGUGAACCUAAUUUGCGUGAACUUCUUGCUGGACUUGUGUGGUGGCGUACCCGUCGACAGUGCCGACUUUGUGGUGCAGCGUUACGCCCCUUCCGGGGAUAACGUCAUCUUGUUGUGCAGAAGUAACGACAGGAGGCACGUAUUUCGCUUCUGGCAUUUGGUCAACAGGGGUGUGAUCAUAGGUCCGGCCAAUAACUUCGACCAGGCCAAGUUUCGCUACGAAAUCCUUUCUGGUAACUUGACCAUCAAGGGCGUGUCCAAGGAUGAGGAAGGGUUGUACGAAUGCGUGUCAAAGGCGGUCAACGCCGAGGACCUCAACAUAAAGAAGGUGCAACUUCUGGUGGAGACGCAAGUGGGAAGCAUCUACGAAGACGAGUACAAUCUGACUCUGAUUAAAAUACUGAUAGCCAUGAUAUUCGUUAUCCUGUUCGCUAUGGCCGCCUUCUUCAUCCAUUCCAUAUGGAGGGACAGGUUCCGAUACCCCAGAUACUUGGAAGAAGACGACGACGAAAGCACGGAAGAACUGUUCAGCGCUCCGCCUGCCAGUACCUCGAAACCGAAACCGAACAGCCACAUAGUACCGAAACGGAAAACGGUUCCUGCUGAAUUCGAUGACGUAGAUAUCAGUACAGACUUUAGGAGUAUUCUAGAUGCCGCCAAUGACGAAUAACGAUAGAUGUAGUUAGAGUCUAUCUAUAAUGAAAUUUUAAGAGCACCGGCCGGUAUUGUCCUACACAUAUAGCUUGUAUAUCAACCUGACCAUAUGUAAAGGGUGGGCUGUUUAUCUUGGGACACUGCCUUACCUUAGAAAUUAUAGGGGAUGGAACCAAAAGUUAAAUACAAAAAUUAAUAACGGUAUAACAAACUUUCAAAAAUUAAGUCAAUUUUAUAUAGGGUUCUAUAUGCCUAAUAUUUUUACUUUUUAAUAUAUUUCCUUUUAAAUAUUUGUCUCUUACAAAUAAUAUGCCGUUGCCAUAUAAGUUCAGUUAGUGGCUAUGACGGCGUUUGAAUAAAACAAGUGCUAAAUUUACCAUUUCAUAGUUGACCAUAAUCAUGCCGAUGCGUUUAUAAAGUAUGUAUGCAUUAUUUAUACAGGAUAAGACCAAAGAUACGCGAUAACGUUGGUAAAACGCACGAUCAAUAAAAAAUUAAUAACUCACAAAGGAUAAUAAAUAUUACAACAGUUGUUCAAUAUGUCCUCUAUUUCUAAAUACAUAAUGGCAUUUCUAACAGAUUCAGUCUCAUUUAAUUAUCUGUGGCCGUUUUGUGUUUGUAAACUAAUUAUUCAAGUGUACCCCACAGAAAAAAAAUUAGGGGUGUUAAGUGGGGGCUCCUUGGAGGUCAGGAGUAACUAUUCAACGUACUACUCUUCAAGGUUCCGUAUAUUUUAAAGUGCAAGUAAAUCCUGUCGAAGAUCUUUUUUUCUGGGUGUCUUCUUAAUGGAAAUUUUGUUAUAGAAUCUCUGAGAGUCCGAUUUUUAUUGUUCGAUAUGUAACUUUCUAACAAAUCAAUCUUCUAUUCUGUGAUAAACAUGAUACGCAAAAAAUAUUUGAAUUAUGACAGUAAUCAACAACAAACAAUAUUAUAAAAAAAGGUAGUUUCCAUUAAAAAAAAAUUUGUUGGCAGUUUUUUUAAUUUUAUUUUUAAUCUUGUCUUUUGCGAAAGACUUACUCAAGUGAAACAAUAAAUGCAUCAAAAUGAACAAAUUGGUCGAUGUUUUACGCAUUGCAAACGUCAUAUUUCGCAUAAAAUAUCAAAAACAGUUCAAAAUUCAAAAAUGAAGUACUAUACUAGGUGUUUCAUUUAAAACUCGCCCACGAAAAGUGAAAUGCCCUGUAUAUACAAAAUUAAAAUAAAUUGAAGGUUCGUAAUACCCCAAUUAAUUUUUGUAUUUAACUUUUGGUUCUAUCCAUUAUAGUUUCUGAGGUGAGGUAGUGUCCCACCCUAUACACCUAGGGGUACUAAAGAUAAUAGAGAGAUUCAGUGAGACAAGUGUUUCUAUGUAUAUUUGAAGGAUGUAGGCAACAGUUAAAACUAUUUGUUUGGACUUCCGUUGUCUUAAUUUUAAAUUCUAUCUCAACGUUUCCUAAUAACGAAAAGACUAAGAGUGUAGUCCUUGUUUCCUGUAACCAGUGGUGAAUUGCGGAAGGCCUCUUUGUUAAGCUGAAUAAAAACUACUUUCUUGAAUUUGUUCUCGUACUCUAUGAACUAUUUUUGCUUCUGUUGUGUUGGUUUUCCCGUUCGUGCUGUGCUAUUCCGGACUUUGUUGUUUCGCCUUGUUGCAUAUUAUUCCUAUGUUAAUUAAUGCAUGCCUGCCAGCUGGCGACUAACGUUUUAAUAGAGAAGUUUGACAUUUUGAGGUUAGGUUUACUCAGUGAGGUUUUGGCGAAAGGGUUUUCUUUGUGUUUUUUGCAAUAAACUAAAAAGCUUUAGAAGUGGACUAACUCAACAACAAUGCACCUAUGAACUUAAUUCGACUUUUGGAGUAAAAGCACUAUCUAGGACUACAGUUUAUCGCUAGUUUUCAGACUUCAGUAGUGGUCGUAGUUUCCUUAAGGAUGAAUUUCUUGAAGGUCGUCCAAAAUCGUUGGUUGUCCGAUAAAACAUUGAUGCAGUGCGGAAACUGAUUGAGGUAUCUUUGAACAUUAGUGAAACCAGCAUACAUACAAUUUUGCAUGAACAUUUGGCCCCUAAAAAAUUUCUUCGCGUUGGAUUGGUUACGUGGGUAACGAUUUUUGACACCAGAAGAAGCAAUUGAUGCGUUUAAUAAGCAUGUUUUGGAGUUGCCAGAUUCUAUGUGGGCAAAGUGCUUUGAUGAAGCAAUAAAGUGAUAUUUGUUGGUAGCUUAUAGUUUUUUAUUACAAAUCCCCAAAUAUAAAAGGUAGUCCUCGUACCCGUACACCUGAUUUUGUUUUAGCAACACAGGAAUAAUGUACAGCGAGACGAAAUAAUUUCGUCAGAAGCAACGAUAGUUCAUAGAGGGCAGCACUGGUACCAGACGAAACUCAAUGAAGUAGUUUAUAAACAGAGAAACAAAGAUGCGUUCAAUAAUCAGUUCAAUCAGUUGGACAUUUAAGCUCGUAAUUUUAAGACAUUUAUCACUAUUCUUUUUAUUUUUGGUUAAGUUAUAAUAUAAAUAUAGGCUAUAGAAGUCCAAACAAAUAGUUAUAUGUGUUUCUAUGCUCUCUCAAUGGCGUCAGUUGUGAAUUGUAAAUAAACAACUUGAAGUCUUGAAUUAGCAAAUGGAAAUUUUAGCUGUACAGGGGGUACCAUGUUUGAUGUCUCCUUAUGGAUAACACCGUUAUUAUCGAAAAAACGUUUUUUUUUAGUAGCUAGUAAUUUCUGAGUUACGAGGGAAAAUCGAAAAAUUUAACAGGUUUUCCUUAAUAACACUUUUUAUUACAACUUAUUAAAAAUAAAAUAAAUGGAGCAAAAUUUGAAUUAAAAGGUUUGUUUUUUCAGAACCGCCGUCUGGGUCAGAAUUUUAAAUUUUCUGUAAUACGACCCUGUUACAUUUUUUAAAAUUUUAUGUUUUCUGAUA